AUCCAAUCCACGAUAAACCCCUCCCUCCAAAAAUCCAUCCAUCCAUCUUUCCGCUGUGUCCGGCACCGCCACCCUCGCCGCCCGGCGCAUCUCCCGCGGCUUCCUCCUCCACCGCCGCGCCUAUUUAACCACCUCACUCGCUCUCCCGCCAGCCCAACCGCAAGCUCCGCCAUGCACGCCCACGCCCCCGCCCCCCACGCCCUCGGCCUCCGCGUCCCUCUCCCCACGUUCCCCCGCCGCCGCGCUCGCCCGCGCCGGCGCCCCGCCGCGGCCGUCCGCGCCUCGGCGCCGCCGCAGAGAGAGACGGACCCCACUAAGCGGGUGGUGAUCACGGGGAUGGGGCUGGCGUCGGUGUUCGGGAACGACGUGGACACAUUCUACGACCGGCUCCUGGCCGGGGAGAGCGGCGUCGGGCCCAUCGACCGGUUCGACGCCAGCAGUUUCCCCACGAGGUUCGCCGGGCAGAUACGGGGGUUCUCGUCUGAGGGGUACAUCGACGGCAAGAACGACCGGAGGCUCGACGACUGCAUCCGGUACUGCAUCCUCAGCGGCAAGAAGGCGCUCGAGAGCGCCGGGAUCGGCGCAGGCUCCGACGCGCACGGCAAGCUUGAUGUGGGGCGGGCUGGUAUUCUUGUGGGUUCUGGCAUGGGUGGCCUUUCAGUAUUCUCCGAUGGUGUUCAGAAUCUUAUCGAGAAGGGAUACAGAAAAAUUUCACCUUUCUUUAUCCCAUAUGCUAUAACUAACAUGGGUUCAGCCUUGCUUGCCAUGGAUGUUGGUUUCAUGGGCCCCAACUACUCAAUUUCAACUGCGUGUGCAACCUCCAACUACUGCUUUUAUGCUGCCGCAAACCAUAUUCGUCGUGGUGAGGCUGAUAUCAUUGUCGCUGGUGGAACUGAAGCUGCCAUCAUUCCAAUCGGCCUUGGAGGUUUUGUAGCAUGUAGAGCACUAUCACAAAGGAACGAUGACCCAAUAACUGCAUCUAGGCCAUGGGAUAAAGAGCGAGAUGGCUUUGUUAUGGGUGAAGGUGCUGGUGUACUGGUUAUGGAGAGCCUGGAGCACGCAAUGAAGCGUGAUGCACCAAUAAUUGCUGAAUACUUGGGAGGUGCGGUCAACUGUGAUGCUUACCAUAUGACUGAUCCUAGAUCAGAUGGACUGGGUGUAUCAUCCUGUAUUACAAUGAGUCUCAGAGAUGCAGGUGUUGCACCAGAGGAGGUGAAUUACAUCAAUGCACACGCAACUUCGACACUUGCUGGUGACUUGGCUGAAGUAAGAGCCAUUAAGCAAGUCUUCAAGAAUCCAUCUGAGAUUAAGAUCAAUUCUACAAAGUCCAUGAUAGGCCAUUGCCUGGGUGCAGCAGGUGGGUUAGAAGCUAUCGCCACUAUCAAGUCCAUAACUACUGGAUGGGUGCAUCCUACCAUUAACCAAUUUAACCCGGAGCCUGAAGUUGAUUUUGAUACAGUAGCUAACGAAAAGAAGCAGCAUGAAGUGAAUGUUGCUAUUUCUAACUCAUUUGGAUUUGGAGGGCACAACUCGGUGGUGGUAUUCGCGCCAUUCAAGCCGUGAUUCGCCAUCACUUCAGAGAUAUAGAAUCCGCGGCAUCCUCUUGAUUAGAUGUUAGCCUGCUUGAAUUUACGGGCUUUGUGUAGCAAGUUUUGAUGAUUGGUAGAGUGGUGCUGCCUUAACCCGGACACUGUUGUUUAUAUGAUCAUUCUUUCGGGCGCUCCUCGUGUGUACCAUGUUGUGGAAAACCUGGAAUAGUGUAAAGGAUCAUUCAUCGGUAUUAUAAUUUGGUACAUAGUUCAUUUGGA